AGUUUUUUCUGCCCAUAUGGUCAUCUGUGUGUUCGAUACCAUCUCACGUGCUUACGUGGAAGAUUUGAUAGGUUUUGAUUAAUCCCCAAAUAUUGACGGGUCAAAAUAAUCGUGAAAAGGAGUAAAUGGAUCACCUCGUGUAACAGUGAACAAUUGCGAGUUGGCUUUAUCAGUUGUAUGUGCUCCGUAAUGCUGUGGAUAUUGUACUCAUUGUCAAGUACAAUAUGGGUGAUCAAUCGCGAAAAAUUAAAAAUCCACUCUUGACUGCUGGUCAAGGAUUCUCCUUUGAUGAUUUUGGAGGAAGCAAUUUACUGAUGCCCGUCACUCCAGCUGUUAUCAGUGAACCGGUUCGUCAUGAGUUGCAUGAUAAUCCCCUCGAAGGUGAACAGUCCACCUCACCUCCAGCGGUUCUGCAGCCCUCGCUAGUGGAGCCAAAUAUUCCACCUCCGAUAACCGAAAUCCCCUUACCCUCGUAUGACCCAAAAGAGCCUCCCACCGACUCCUACCAACGCUCCAGCUACUUCACGUCAAUCCUCUCAUCUCUUCCAAAUCUCUCUCUCACAUCCCUAACAGGACAACAGGCCCCACCAGCUAGUGCAGUCCCAAAUGAUUCAAUAGAAGAGAGGCUGUCUCUAAAUAACUCAUCACACUUUCCACCGCAGGAGUACCAUCAUCCUCCACCACCAGAGAAUUUCAGCGAUCAAUCUCAUCCACCGUCACUACAGCAACCACUCCAACCUCCACCCUCUGCCCUCCCCUGCCCACCCCAAGCAGUUGGUUUAGUAUCGUAUCGUCUUGGUAACCAGCGACGUCUUAAAUACGCCCCACCCCCGGAUUUAACAUCAAGCACAGCAAAAUCGUUGACACCACCAUCUCUAGGUAUUCAAAAUCCCCCAAUUGUACCACCUCAUUCUGAAUUCUUCACGCCGGGAUUUGUAACUCCCCAAGUUGAUGAGAAUCUCUCAUUUCCUCCGGCGGUGGUACAGCCCCCUAAUAAUCCAUCAAUCUCAACGAUAUCUGGACCCCAAGAAAUUCCAACAAGUAGUGCAUUGAGAGAACCUGUGACACCACACAAUACACCAGCGAAUUACUUCACACCUGCCUCGACAUUCGACACGACUUACCAGCCCCAUCAGCAAACAAUAAGCGAUUUAUCACGGUCUUCACCAACAAAUCCGCCAACAGUACCUACUAAUGAUACUUCACCGAAUCCAUCAGCAAUCACUGAUGAUCUAGCGGAAAUAGAUCUCUCCCGAAGAUCCUCACCACCAGAUAUUUUUCACCGAGAGUCCACUCCCCUCGAGAGUCAAUCACAGCCCCUGAAUGCUGAUUAUCCAUCCGUCGCGCCAGCAAAUAACUUGUUCACGAGUAAUUUUCCACACUUUAAAAGUGAGCCAAGUACAAGUGCAUUCUUCGAUACGAAUACUGUAUCAUCUUUAAAAUCCAGCCAAUCAGUUCAACCACCGUCCCAGAUAUCGUUUUACAAUCCUGUUGAGUUUGAUGCUAAUUCAAGAGCACAUAAUUUAUCUCGUCAAUGUGAAAUUAACACGCAAAGUGCAAUUAGUGAUGGAUUCAUUUCAUCAUCUGCUGAUACUGCCAACUGGUCAACGCCUCGGGCAACUUUAAUAACGAGUGAAAUGCCCGAACCAAUGGGCACAGCAACACUUAAUACCAUACAAACAUCGAUAAAUUCGUCGAUAGUACGUGGUCACCAGAACGAUACAAUUCCACCGAGUCUUCACAAUUUGGCAUCUGGUAGUGAUAAAAAAAUGGUGUACAGGCCAGUUUAUCAUCACUGGUUUUAUCGUAAAAAUAUUGAGAAUAAAGUACUGUGGAAUCCAUUCUCAAUGCAGGAUAGUUUGAAUUUAGAGGAAGUACAUAAUUCCACUGAUAUCACACCAGAGACAACAGUUGCCACUGAUGGGGGUCGUUAUGAUGUUGAAAUACUUAAACGUCAGAGAGUACCUGUUUACUGGUCUGGUGAGCCAACUGAGGUCAGGAGGGCCUCGUGGUUUUACAAGGGCCCUGGAGAAUCGAGAUAUACACCGUAUGAAGAGAGCACUGCUGCCAGACUUGAGAAGGAGUACAAACACGCGUGCAAUAGUGAUCAUUGGAAUAGGAGGGUGGAACUCAAUAAUGGAGAGUACAUUGUUUUUCACAGUGCUACCAUUCAAAUUCAUUAUCUUCAAGCUAGCUCACCUGAGCUCGUUGCAUCGUGGGGCAAUAGCACUGAUUCAGAGAGCAAUAUGUAUUUGCAGGGUACCUCGAGCCGUCCUAAAGUUGUAAAACGUGGAGUAGAUGAAUUUCACAUUGAGGAAGGUGAACCCGAAAAAAUAGAUCACCUCCUAUUCCUCGUCCACGGGAUUGGAAGUGUUUGUGACUUGAAAUUCCGAAGUGUCGAGGAAGUUGUUGACGAGUUUCGAAGUAUUUCUCUUCAGCUCAUCCAAUCACACUAUCGAACAGCCAGUACUCAUGGGAUUGUAAAUAGGAUUGAAGUACUGCCAGUAUCGUGGCACGCAACAUUGCACUCCGAGGACACAGGAAUCGAUAAGAAGUUAAAAGCCAUAACAUUGGAGAGCAUACCAAAAUUACGACACUUCACUAAUGACACAUUAUUGGAUGUACUCUUUUACACGAGUCCAGUUUUCUGUCAAACAAUAAUGCAGACUGUUGGUAAUGAGUUGAACAGGCUAAAUGCGUUAUUCCGUGAUAGAAAUCCCGAUUUCACUGGAAAUGUUUGUGUGGGAGGUCACUCACUGGGUAGUUUGAUACUUUUCGAUCUGCUCUGCCAUCAGAAGGCACCAAUGGACGAGAGUAAACUCGAUACAGAUGCAACAAUCAACGAGGAGGAUGAAAAUUCAGAAGUGGAGACAGAUAAUGGUCCCAAUUUGUCCCUGAAACCGAUGCCCAAAUCGAUAGUCAAGCGUCGUCUGAGCAGAAAAAUGAGUUAUGUCAUGGGUGCUGCAGGCACUGGCCAACCAUUUAUCGUAUAUCCACAUUUGGAUUUCUUCCCCAAGGCGUUUUUCGCUCUUGGCAGCCCAAUUGGAAUGUUUGUCACUGUACGUGGUAUCGAUAAGCUCGGUGAAAACUUCAAACUACCCACUUGUCCUGCUUUCUUCAAUAUCUUUCAUCCAUUCGAUCCCGUUGCAUACAGAAUGGAAGCACUCAUCAAUCCUGAGGCUUACAAGUACAGACCAAUGCUCAUUCCUCAUCAUAAAGGAAGGAAACGAAUGCAUUUAGAACUGAAAGAAACAAUGGCUAGAGUGGGCGCUGAUCUGAAGCAGAAGCUCUUAGAUUCAGUAAGAAGCACCUGGAAUUCAGUUUACCAACUGGCAAUGUUCCAUCGUCAGGACAAUCAUGUACUUGAACAAGAAAUCGAUAAAGUUGUAGAGGAGCAGCUGCAAAAGUCAACCAAUAACAAUCAUAAUAUCCAUAAUGAACAAGAUGAAGACAGGGAGAAUGAGAGAGGAGUGAAUUUGAAAGUUGGACAACUCAAUGGUGGUAGACGUAUUGAUUACGUUCUCCAGGAGGCGCCUUUUGAGUACAUAAAUGAGUACAUUUUCGCCAUGACCAGCCAUGUGGGUUACUGGGAAUCGGAGGAUACGAUGCUGCUGAUAUUGAAGGAGAUGUACGGUGCCACGGGAAUACAGGCGGAUGCACAAUUACCUCCACAAACUAUGACUAUUGAACGCCCUUCACCGAACAUUUCGACUUUCUCUAGUCCUGGACCUUCAGCGCCUCUCAAAAGCUUCAAUUUUCCAAAUACUGGGGGAGGACCUGCAACGAUAGGAGUUGAUCCUACGGCACCCAUAAGUAAUAGACCCGUGGGACCGCCGCCCAUGUCUGGAUUCAUACGAAAAUCAUAAUGUGAUACUAAUGUUACUAAUAUUAAUUUUUGGAAACAACGAAAUGAUUGGUGAGAAGAGUAACCACGAUUGGGAAAAGAGAACACUUUUGACGUCAUUUUUUUAUAACGUUAAUGACUCAUUGAAUUUUCGCUGAAAUGGGAUGAUUUUGGUUUUUGCGGAAUGUGUAGUCUCUCCUUUUGUUUUGAACCUACCUUGACUUCAGUAGAUGAGGCGGUUUCUAAGCCAGGGAUAUUGAAGGAAAACUUAAGUCUCCAUUUUGCCACAGCUUCUCACCCAUCAGUGAUGAGUAUUUCUUGCAAAUACUUAUUCAAGACGUGGUGAUGAUGUUUCUGAGUAGAAGUUGUCGGGUUUAAUGAGUAAAGAAUAUUUUUAUCUAUUGGAGGAUGUUGGAGACCUUUUUUGUAGUUAAUGAAAUUUUGAAUGAAAAAGCUCUUGACAUUUUUUGAUAAUUUGUAGUGAAAGAAAACAAUAACACGCUGAAUAUUAUAUUUUUGUCAAUCUACAUUUUCUCUUUGACUACUGAGUAUCAGGAAAAUUUAGGUGAUAAUUAGAGAAAGACGCCGAUUAAUUUGAAAAAGUCUGGGGAUGUGCUGGGCACUCACUCAGUAUGGCGUACGCUUAUUACAAAGGGAUGAAAUGUUAUUUUGCUUUUUAAUGCACAGAAAAAAAUUCUCUCCAUUCACAAAUAAUUCAAUGAGUUAUCACUAUCAGAAGCAAAUUCAAAAGUAUUUAAUGUCUCUACUUUUCUUCAAUGCGUGGCAAGAAUGUUACUGACGAGUGAAAUUAUAAUUCUCACCUAUAGCUCGGACAGAAAACCUCACAAAAUAGGAUUUCAAUUCUCCAUUCAUAUCGAUUUAUUACCCCUGGUCACAUGUUAAUUUUGUCACAGCACUUCUCCAAAGUCGUUUUAAAACAAAUCGAAUCCAGAUUUUCAUUUCAAUUAUUGAGUGAGUAGUUAUCAAAAGUUAAUGUACUGUGCAUCCUUUCUUCAGAGAAGACAAACCAUCAAUGAAAGAGAUCUGCUAUUAUAUUAUUCGAUUUAGUAUCGAAGCGGUAAAACGAUUCAUGUGCAAUUUGUUGUCAUCGGAUUUCGUGAGAAGUGCCUCCGUAUCUCAGGGAGAGAUCCAAGUUUUUGUAAUGCUUUUUCAUAGCUCUCCAUGAAUUCUUAAAACGGUUGUGACAACAAAAUUCGCCAUUCAUGUCAAAUUUGGAGAUAUCGUUGUACCGUUUUCCUACUGAGAUGCCCAUUCAUAUAAAAAAUACGAUAUUUCUGGAGAAAAUGUUGAUAUAUUUGUUUAGCUAAACAUUUUCACAGACAAUCAGCACCUCAAUAUUUUAUUAAUCAAUCAAAUCAACUCUGAAAUUGAUUAGAAAUCACUUAUCACUAUUUUUUCCUUCGCUCUUUAGAAAUCAAUCGACCAUUACAAUAGCAAUGGAAGUAGAAGGGGAGAGAUUCCAGAUGAAGAAAAAUUAUUUGUAUAUUAUGUAAAAUAUAAUGUCAUUGUUUUAAUUUGGGAAGUAUGAAAAAAAAACGUAUCAUUUAUUUUACCAUCA